UGAAAAACGUGCUUACCGAUUUCGUCAGGCACUUUCAGCUUUGUCCUUCCCAUUAGGGUUGUCGGCAUUUUUCUAUUAAAUAAAAAUACUUGUAUAUAUCACUGUUAUUCUAUUAAAAUAUUAAAUUUCAAAAUGUGGAAAGCCAUGCGAAGCGCUAGUACAACGUAUAUAAAGUCCUCCUUGAUUCCAAAUUUGUGUGGAACAAGAAACAUAGCAACGCAGGUUCAUGAUAGGGUUUUGUUAUCACUGAGAAACAAAUAUGGUGCUCAAAGACGGUAUAAAUCAGAUACUGUCAAAGGAUCAGUAAUUGGCAUUGAUUUGGGAACAACAAAUUCUUGUGUUGCUGUCAUGGAAGGUAAGACACCUAAAGUUAUUGAAAAUGCUGAAGGUUCUAGGACUACACCAUCUGUUGUUGCAUUUACAAGAGAUGGUGAAAGGCUAGUGGGAAUGCCUGCUAAAAGACAAGCUGUGACAAAUGCUGCAAACACACUUUCAGCUACAAAACGUUUAAUUGGUCGAAAGUUUGAGGAUCCAGAAGUCCAGAAAGACCAGAAGACAGCAGCUUUUAAAAUAGUUAAAGCAUCUAAUGGGGAUGCUUGGCUUGAAGCUCAAGGCAAAAUGUAUUCACCUAGUCAAAUAGGAGCAUUUAUUUUAAUGAAAAUGAAAGAAACUGCUGAGAGCUAUCUUGGAACACCGGUAAAAAAUGCUGUAAUAACUGUACCUGCUUAUUUCAAUGACUCACAGAGACAGGCAACAAAAGAUGCUGGACAGAUAGCUGGUUUAAAUGUUUUGCGUGUAAUAAAUGAGCCUACUGCUGCUGCUUUAGCUUAUGGUAUUGACAAGACAGAUAAAAU